AUGAUCGACCCCAUAUCCGUGGCAGGCCUAACCAUCACCAUCGUUGAUGCCCUCAUUAAACUGGGCGAGAGAACCGCAGAGCUGAUCUCAGAUGCCAAUGCGUUUGAGAAUACCGACAUCGGCCAGGAUGCAAGCGAAUCCCGGAACCUGGUACAGGAUGAGAAUCUGCAGACCAAGUUGCUUCGCAAUCUGCUUUUCUCUGAGUGUUCGGUGUAUGGCGGUAAAACGCUCUUCGAGCAAUUCGACCCGGACAUUCAACGGCAGAUCGAACUGCUCUGUCGCGAGAUCAAGUCCAUCCUGCAAGAGGGUGUCGAGAUUCUCGAACGUCGAUAUGGGUUGACUCGUGAAUCGUCUGCUUCAUUCCUCAAUCUCAGGGCUAUUUCACCUAGCCCUGGGUCGUCGCAUAGCUGGUCAAGUCAAUCACUCCCUGGCCUUCUGCGCUGGUCUUUCCGCGACAAAAAGCGCGUCGAGGUCAUUCUCGAGUCCUUCAAGGAUCGUAAUUCUCGCCUAAAGAAGAAGGUCGAACUGUGGUGUCUCGCCUCGCAGCUGGGGGUGUCUCCUGAGCAUCUCAUGCACCUGCAGAACGACGACGCUUCCAGGGAGCUCGGUUUCGAUAAGGAUGCGUCGUUGCGUCUAGCUCAGUGGGACGCAGGCCAUAUGAACGGGUCUCUUGAGCUGCGAGAACCAUCCUGGGAUCUCUUUCUCAAGGAGAUUCGGCCUGUCGAACACCAAGGCAUGUUUGCCAUGUUCUCUAAAGAUGGAACGGCGUAUAUCCAAGAAAACCACCACUAUGACCCCAUAGCAGGGCCUGUUAUGUCGGGACAUGAUGUCGAUCCUCGAACAAAGAGCCGGAUUGAGUCGCUGGCCAAGCUUCUGCAUCAACCAAAAGAACGCGUCUUCCGCGUCCUACCAUGUGUGGGCUGGAAAUAUCUGCCAGCUCAGAGCUCUAUCGCUUUCGUUUUCGAGGUACAGCCGAAGCCCAUUGGCGCUCCGGUCAGUCUCCAAUGGCUAUUGUUCGACUCGGACCGUCGUCCGGAGCUGGGAGAUAAAUUUCGGCUCGCUCUGGGUCUCUCGAAAUGCAUCGCCCAGAUGCACAUGGUUCAAUGGGUCAGUUUUCGUUUCCGGCAUGAUUGUUUCGGUCAUCGCUAA